AUGUUAAAAAUUGUUGCUCUUAUAGCCUUUAUAGGCGCUUGCGGGGCCAUCGAAAACGGAUACUCUUCUCAAAGCUUCCAUUUUGGCAAUCACCGCGAUCGGCAUGACAACCACCAGCAAGAUCAUCAUCGAUCAGGGGACAUUCGUGCUCAUACUGAUCAUCAUGAUCCUAAAAAAUACCACGGGCUAGGUGUUAUCCGCGUUCUAGAUCAAAACUACGGUCAUGAUGAGCACCACGAUCAUGAGCACCAUGAUCACAUUGAGCAACAAGAUAAUGUCAUGCAUGAAAAACACGCACAAGGAGAUGUCGACGUUCACGAUGAGCAUAACGGCCUACGUCAGGAUAAAGCUGCUCAUAUUGAGCAUCGUACAAACGGUGAGGAUCAUAUCAAUAAUUAUUUGAAAGAUAAGCACCAUACACUAGGUGUUAUUUACGUUCCUGAUGAACAUGACGAAGAUGACGAUGAUGAUUCCGAACAUCAUCAAAGCAAUGAUCAUGAACUCGGUGCGCAAAACAGUUUCCAUGGGCAUGAUAAACUGCACCAUCACCACGAGGAUUUUCAUGACCACGUUGAGCAUCAGAGUCAGAAUGAUCACUACGAUCAUAAGGAACAUCACAAGCACAAUGAGAAUCACCACGCUCAUAAUGAUCACGUGUCUGAGCAUAAAAUAGAGCUCAGUGUUCAGCAUAUAGUGGAACAUGGAUCACACCAGGAUAUCUCUACUGAACCUGAUAUGGAAGAGCACAAUAUUAAGCUUAAGGAAAUGGAACAAGAACAUGUCGGAGUUGCUCCGGUUAUGGAAAAUAAUGAAGACGAGAUACACAAAAAACCUAUUGUUCCUGUGAAAAUAGCAGUUCCAGUAGCACAUUACGUUCAAAGUGAUCAUCAUGAACAAGGUAUCUCUUUACAACACAUGAAUAGCCAUCAUCUUGCUCAUCCAGUCAGGGCUCUUACUAAUCAUGGAAUUGAUUCUGUUCAAUAUGUGUUCGAGAACCAGGGAAAGGUCUCCCACACCGGUGACCACAGGUCACACGGUCACGCCGUAAAAGGCGUGCACAGCCUGCACGUUUAA